AGUGGAUGGUUGUGGAGGAGUUUCGAGCCUCUGUCAGCCGGCUGACGGUUUUCUCCGGUUUCUGCUCGGUAUUUUAGGCCUUCGCCAUGGUGUGCGAGAAGUGUGAAAGAAAACUUGGUACAGUAAUUACACCUGAUACUUGGAAAGAUGGUGCAAGAAACACAACAGAAAGUGGUGGGAGAAAACUAAAUGAAAACAAGGCAUUGACAUCAAAAAAGGCAAGAUUUGAUCCUUACGGCAAAAACAAAUUUGCAAUAUGCCGAAUUUGUAAAAGUUCAGUUCAUCAGCCAGGCUCUCAUUACUGCCAGGGAUGUGCAUACAAAAAAGGUAUCUGUGCAAUGUGUGGAAAGAAAGUCUUGGAUACAAAAAACUACAAGCAAACAUCAGUUUAAUUAUUGUGAUUUUUAAUUGACCAGCUUUGAAUAUAGAAGCAAUUGCUGAACAUCAUCAGCACCAAUAGUAUGAUGGGAGGCUCCUAGAGAACUUGCACGGGAUAGUUGUGCUGUCAUAGUUCUAAGUUUAAAUCUGCAUUAAAUGGGCUUGCUCAUAUUAAUUUGGAGUAAGAAAGCUUUGUUCAUCAUAAUUUGAUUAAUCAGAAUACGCAUUUGGAAUUUUGGUAGAUAUAGUAAAAUCUGCCAAAUGGGAAAAAAAUAAAAUGAAUAUGUAAGUGCUUAGAACAUUCAAAAUUUAAGUUUCUUUUUGAGAAACUUAAAGGGCAGCAAAUAGUUUAACUUUCCCAUCAUCUCAGCUACUCUUACAUCAAGAAUAAGGACUGCUGAAUGCACCAGCAAAAUCUUGAUAAAAUAGAUUGGCUUAAGACGAUUUGUGUGGCAAAUGUAUGUUUAAAUAUAAUGCUAUGUAAUUUAGUAAUCCAGCUACACCAAUAGGAAGCUUUUCAGUUUACUUUUGUUACAUACCUAGAAUUGCUUGCAACAGAGGCUGUCAAAGCAUCUGGCAAAUAACAAUACACAGCUAUUGAGUUCCAUUCAGCUCAAUGGGUUGUACACUCUAAAUACUUUGGUUGAUAACUGAUAACUGCUAUCACUUAAAAUUGUUUUCAUUUUUAAUGUUAAACUUACAGGGGCUUAAAUUUAAGAUAGGAUUAAUCUUACUAAAAUAAAUCUUUAGCUUGAUGGUGUACAAUUAGUAUAGAGGUAUUACUUGUUAAAGAGGAGAAAGAAUGUAAGGUGUUCCCAAUUUAUUGCAUUCGUAUUUUGGAUUUUUUUUUGUUAGAUUCUCUUAUAUGGAAUAUUACAGCACUCAGUGGUUAAUAUGUUGUUUGCAUAUUUUUAUCAGUGUGUUGCAGAAAACAAGCAACAGUUUCUCAUUGGAGAGGGAAUUAAAUUGGCCUAUCUCACUGUGGGCUACCUGACUGAAUUGGAUAGACUUGUAUUGGUUUGAUUCAUUUCUGCCAAAUUGUAAGUGCAUUGUCAGAAUUUUAAAAAAAUGAUUAGAAAGGGACAAUCAGCAUAAUUCCAGUCAUGUUUAAUUAAUAGCUUUUAUGAAGUUGAACAUGAUGUAGAGCUUUUAAGUCAAACAGAAAAUUUUAUUGUGAUUGUGUUCAGUUAGACUGUUUUCUGAGGCUCCUCCAUAGCGCCCACAUCUUUUUCUUGAAAGUUCCAUAAACACCAAUGACUCGGGGGCCAACAAAAAUACAUUACUUUGAGGUUAACAUCUGAGAAAUGGACAGCCAUAUGAAUCCACUACCUAACUUUGAUCCCAGUAACUGAAUCAUGGGAUAUACUGUAAUUGUGAACUAAUCACAAUGUGGUGAUAAAAGGUACCCCCACACACACAAGCUAUGUUCAAUACCAAAUGUGCGAGAUUCCCCCCCCCCAAUACAUGUGAACUGCUUAAAGUGCUCUUGUAAGAAAACAUUCACAGCAAGCAGAAUUGACCCUGAGUGGUGACAGGGGCAAGAAUCAGAUAGUAACCUGUGGCCCAGGAAACCAAAAUGUUUCUAUUCACUGACUGUAUCUCAAAGAUAGUACAGCUAGCAUGCUGACCUAGUAGGAAGGGAUAAAUAAAGUUACACAGAUGGGUUCAUCAAAAACAUUCCAAUGUCACACUUUAAUUUAUACAAGGUCUGCCUUUUUCCUUUGUCUUGUCUUUGAAAUGUAGUAGGCCAAAGGCAUAUAAUUUGUGGUUCUGCUUUUGGUUAGGGCUACCCAACUGGGCUGUAAGCCCAGUGUGCCCUUUUUCAAUAUUUGCAUGCUAAUAAAUGUAUGUUGCAUCUUCA